UUGCCGCAUGCCACUUCGGUCACGUCAGUCUGCUUCCUAAACUGUGAGGAUGAGGUGGUGUCGCGCUCUUUAAAGACUGAUAUGUAAAUAAAGUGGAAAAAAAAGUUCAGGAUGGAAAGCAACAGUCUUUGCAACAGCCUACUGAAAUGGCUGGAGACGUUCCCGGGUCGCGAGGGAACCUCUGUGCCUCAGCUGACCGAUGGCGUCGUCAUGGCAACCGUCCUUCACCAGAUCGCACCCGAGUAUUUCUCCCAGUUCUGGUUGGCGAAGAUUAAGGAGGACGUCGGGGACAACUGGCGCCUCAAGGUGAGUACAGAGCGAAUUGUCCUGGGUCACGUCGGGCGCUGUAGAAACAUCUGUAUUUGGGUGUGACUGUUGCCACAUUUU